GGCCACGUUGCAGAUUGUAAAGCUCUGGGCUCCUCCACCGUACCGCUUCCCCUCAUAUUUGGCGCGCAGUGUAUCUGACUAUGCAUUUCGGUUACUGAAGUCUCUCUAAUGGAAUUUCGCAUUCUGCAACAAUCUCCAUCGUGUUAUGCAGGAAAUGUCUUUUGCUUGGUCCAGCCCCGUUUGAGAAUUCGCAAGUUUCUUAGUUGGGCUUCCACGAACACAACGUUUUUGCAGAAGAUAUGUUCACGAAAUGAACCUAGAAGAAAAACACAAUAUCGUUCGGAAGUUAAUAGAGCGGCUGUACUCUGUUCGACUAGUUUAAAUGACAGUCCAUUGCCGCACUAUGAUAACGUGAAAAUUAUUUAUUCUGUAGCUGCUGCCACGGGUCAUAAUCAGGAAUCUCAUCCAGAAUCUCAUCUCAGGGUCCCUGCAAUAGCGAAUGCUCUUGAAGAUAUGGAACUCACGCCUAAGUUUCAAGGCACAAAUGUCUUUGAACUUCAAAACUACAAACCUGCCUCAGUUGAUGACAUUGUGAGUGUUCAUUCAAAAUCUUACGUGGCAGGCCUUGAGAAGGCUAUGGAUAGGGCUUCUCAAGAUGGACUUAUUUUAAUUGAAGGCUCUGGACCGACAUAUGCAACUGCAACUACAUUUAAUGAAUCACUAGUUGCAGCUGGAGCAGGAAUUUCUUUAGUUGAUUCAGUGGUCAAUGCGUCAAAAACCUACAAGAAUCCGCCAAUUGGUUUUGCAUUGAUAAGACCUCCAGGACACCACGCAGUCCCCAAGGGACCGAUGGGAUUCUGUGUUUUUGGGAAUGUAGCUAUUGCAGCUCGCUAUGCUCAACGUGUGCAUGGAUUGAAGCGUGUCUUUAUUAUAGAUUUUGAUGCUCACCAUGGGAAUGGAACAAGUGAUGCAUUCUAUGACGAUUCAGACAUAUUCUUCCUUUCAACUCACCAAGAUGGAAGUUACCCUGGAACUGGAAAAAUCGAUGAAGUGGGUCGUGGAGAUGGGGAAGGAACAACUCUGAAUAUUCCUCUACCGGGAGGCUCAGGUGAUUAUGCCAUGAAAAUGGUGUUCGACGAAGUCGUUGUACCCUGUGCUCAAAGAUUUAAGCCUGAUAUCAUUCUUGUCUCUGCUGGUUAUGAUGCUCAUGUGUUAGAUCCAUUAGCCAACUUGCAAUUCACGACCGGAACAUACUACAUGCUCGCAUCCAAUAUUAAACAACUGGCAAAGGAAUUAUGUGAUGGUCGUUGUGUUUUUUUCCUGGAAGGAGGUUACAACCUCGAGUCUCUUUCGUAUUCAGUGGCUGAUUCAUUCCGCGCAUUUCUUGACGAGCCGAGCUUGGCAUCAAAAUUUGAUAACCCUGCAAUCCUGUAUGAAGAACCAUCAAAGAGGUUUAAGCAAGUGAUCCAGAAAGUGAAACAAAUACAUUCACUUUAAGGUUAUUAUAAACUUCUUUGCAAUUUAUUCUAGAUACCUUCCUUUCAUCCUAGUUAUUAUGUGUACUUUCAGAUAGACCUGCAUUGUAACUUGAUGUAUAUUUGAUGAACAUAUCUUCAGAGAAGGAAAUAUAAAGCAAUGCUAUCUUGUUGUACGUAA